AUGUCUCCUCAUCCGCAGGUGGCACCAUGCGGGGUGGGCUUCCAUUGCAUCAUUCAUCAUCAGACAACUGCAAGGACGGCAAAUACAAAUAGUGCUUGCGGCCGUACGUCAGCUCACCGAGGCAGCCGAGCAAGAAUUGGCGUCGAUUUCGACCAUGCAUGUUCUGAGGAGCGCCUGUCGCGGCGGCUGUGUUGUCCAAUGAUCAAAGUAUGGUAA